AUGAAUAUGCAGAACUUCACAAGAGUCCGUCUACACUGCGCCCGUCCUUUCCAACUCCAAUUCAUCCGGCUCCUCGCCGCCACCACCGCCACCACAACCACCACGCCGUGGUACACUGCUCCGCCGUCACCCCACAACCACCAAGACAUAGAUCCACUCCUUACUACUCUCUCCCAAGCCAUCAUCAACACAUCUAAUCCUCUCGAAACUUCUCUCCGUAAACUCCUCCCUUCUCUCAAACCCUCUCACGUAAUCGACCUAAUCAACCUAAACCCACACUCUCUUGAUCCACACACCCUGUUGUCAUUCUUCAAAUGGCUAUCCACUCAACCCCCAUUUCGCCACACCAUCCAUUCUUACUUUACCAUGAUCAAAUUCCUCUCCGCCAAUCAAAUGUUCCCGCAAGCAGGAUCUUUACUCCGUUUCGUAGUCUCACGAAAAGGAAAACGUUCCGCUGCUUCUGUCUUCCGAUCAUUUAUCGAAACAAAAGGUACAAAACAUAACGAGUUUGUGUUUGAUGCUUUGGUUAACUGCUACGUAGAUGAUGGGUUUAUUUCCGAUGCUAUUCAAUGCUUUCGGUUGGCAAGAGAGCAAAAGUUUCGGGUUCCUUUUCAGUCUUGCGGACGAGUUCUGGACUCUUUAAUGAAAUCGAAUUCCAUUUCGACUGCUUGGGGUUUCUAUUUGGAGAUUUUGGGAUGUGGGUAUCCUCCAAAUGUGUAUACUUUCAAUAAUUUGAUGCAUAAGUUUUCUAAGGAAGGUAUGAUUAGGGAUGCUAACAUAGUGUUCGAUGAAAUUCCUAAAUGGGGACUAAGGCCGAGUUUGGUUAGUUUUAAUACUUUGUUGAAUGGAUAUUGUAAAUCGGGUAAAUUGGAUGAAGCGUUUAGGUUGAAGAAAGUUAUAGAAGGGAGUGGCCUUGAUCCUGAUGUAUUUACAUACAGUGUUCUGGUUAAUGGGCUAUGUAAAGAAAGUAGAUUAGGUGAUGCACAUCAAUUGUUUGAUGAAAUGUGUAAGAGGGGUUUGGUCCCCAAUGAUGUUAUAUUUACAACCUUGAUUAAUGGUUUUUGCCGAAAUUCAAAGAUUAGUUUGGCUAUGCAGAUGUACUGCAAAAUGGUGAUUAGAGGUGUGAAAGGUGAUUUGAUUACUUUUAACACUCUUAUUAAUGGUCUUUGCAAGAGCGGUCAAAUCGGUGACGCUAGGAAUCUAAUCGAUGAGAUGACUCGGGAAGGGUUGAAGGCCGACAAGAUUACAUACACAUCUCUUCUUGAUGGAUGUUGCAAGGCGGGAGAUUUGCGAUUAGCACUUGAAAUUAGAGAGAGAAUGGUGAAUGAAGGCAUUGAUCUUGAUAAUGUGGCAUUCACAGCGCUUAUAUCGGGUUUAUGUAGGGAAGGGUUAGUUUUUGAUGCCGAAAAGCUAUUGAGGGAAAUGAAAAAAUCGGGUUUAAAACCGGAGGAUGCAACUUACACGAUGGUCAUUGAUGGGUUCUGCAAGAAGGGAGAUGUUAAGAUGGGUUUUCGGUUGCUGAAUGAGAUGCGUAGAGAUGGACUUUUUCCAGGAAUCAUAACGUAUAAUGUGUUGAUGAAUGGAUUAUGCAAGAUUGGGCAAAUGAAAAAUGCACAUAAGCUUUUACGGUCAAUGCUUGAUCUGGGUGUGUGUCCGGAUGACAUUACCUACAAUAUCCUCUUGGAAGGUCACUGUAAGUAUGGAGAUCCCGAGGCUUUUGAGAGAUUACGUAGUGAGAAAGGACUCGUUUAUGAUUAUGCUUCGUAUAUCUCACUGGUAGAAGGAUAGGCUAAAACUACAAAAGAUCAUCAGGAGAGAAGCUAGGCACUAAAAUAGUAAUCCUACGUGGUUGGGUAGAUUCAGCUGAACCAAAGGCGACUUAAUGUAAAACUGCGUAUAGAAACUUAGGGGUUGUUUACCAACACAAGUUGGGUAAGCAUGAACCGAGUAAGAGUGCAGUCUGAGUAAUUGCCGACUGAAAAAUGGUUUA